AUCUGCAAGGAAAAGUUGAGUUUCUCUUGCUGGAGGCCUAUAGGAUUUAUGUAAUCAUCCAGGGGAUUCUUGGGGUCUGAUCACUCUGAUGGCUCAUGGUAGCGUAGGCAAUCAUUGAAGUAUUGCAAGAUUAGUCCGUAAGGAUAUUUGAGUUAUCUCUCUGAGUUAGUCUCGGCACUAACCAAAGAGUCAUAGUCUCAUAGCUAUUCCCCAUUGAGAAAAGAAAACGUAUGCUAUUUGACCGUCUUACAUGAAGUACAUGACUAAUCGAAUUAUUGGAAUUGUACUUUGAUCCCUUUGAUCCGCAGACAUUUUGACAAUGAAAAUAAGAAUAAAAUUUUAAAUAAUAGCGAGAAAAAUAUCUUAACUCACCGAGCUAUGUCUGAAGAUUCCAGUGCAACUGAGGUGUCCCUGAGCAAACCUACGAUAUUUGAGAUUGUCUCCCAUCAAGCCGUUGAUAAUGUGUUCAAACCCGCUUGGAUGUACGUUGUGAAAAUUCUUGUUCAAAAAUAUCCUGAAAAGUUUACCAUGUUUUAUCAUUAUGCCGAAGAGAUUUAUUUGAUUUUUCAUUUGGUUGUCCAGCAGCAUUAUUUAAGACGUUUUGGUGCUUCUAUAUCGGAGAAUUUUUACUUUUUAAAACGUGUCAACGUGUCAAAUGGCCAUGUUGGUAAUUUAAGCAAGAAGUUGCAGCGUUUGUCUCUGCUCGAGUUGGUUCUUUGGCCUUACAUAAAAUCUAAAAUCGACCAAACAUUCGAGAGACUACAAGAUCAAAAUAUACGAGCUAAUGAUGGUACCUCGCAGAAAAUUGCAACGAGAAUUUUUCUGGCUGUCUAUCCUUAUGUUCAUUUUACUAUUCAGUGUAUUUUUUCUGCUUAUCAAUUUGGAUACACUUUGAAACUUUUGAAACAUCACAGUCCUAUUUUCCACGCGCUUAAAAUGCAACUUGUCAGAGCUAGUACAGAGAAUUUACGUGGCUUACCUUUGCAAUCCUUUUCAACUUCAAAAUCAUUUUGGCAAAUGGUGCAUUCAUUGCCCGGAUACCUAAUGGACAAGACAAUUCAUUUAGCAACCAUUGUGAUGCCGGCAAUCAUAUUCUUUCUUCAGUUUAUUGAAUGGUGGUAUUCUCGUGAUCAUGAGAUAACAUCAUCACUCACAAACCUGCCUGUUCCUCCUCCACCCGCAAUGCCAAAAGUGUCAAAUAGAGGUUGCGGUUUGCCUCCACAUCCUUUGCAAUGUCCAUUAUGUCAUAAUGUUCGAAGCAACAUGGCUGCUUUGGUUUCAUCUGGCUUUGUCUACUGUUACCCUUGCAUUCAUCAGUAUAUCUCAGAAAAUGGCUGUUGCCCAGUAACCAACAUACCAUCUUGUCUAGAUCAAAUUGUACGCAUUUACUCAGUUCAUGAUUCAUGAAAUCCUUGUUCUAGACAUGGUUUUGUAUUCCAGUAUUAUGAUUGUGUUUUUAUUUUAUUUAGAAAGUGAUGUAUAUUUAUCAUUAAAUUUUGAUUGAAUAAGA